AUGGACGAAAGAAAACGCAUCCAAAGAAAUUUAGAGAAGACCGUCGACACUCUGGACACUGUUUUUGUAGAACACCCCAGGCUGGUCCUCCAACCAUGUCGUAACUUCAGUAGUCAAGGCUGCAUCAUCUGGGAAACGCUUUCCUUUCAAAAACAACUGCUUGGCUUAGAAGAGAUGCAAGUCAGAGAGUGCAAGGUCAGAAGAAACUUGCAUUCCACCAUCAAAGGUCAAGAAAGAACAUAUAGUGUUGGUUUUAACUCAGACGGGAAAGCCGCUGAACGAUGCAAACCAGUAUCCAAAUUCGUCUUUAUUAAAACUAUGAAAACAGGUAGUAGUACCACUGCAAAUAUCAUGUUAAGAUAUGGGAUGAAGAAUAAUCUGACAGUAGCUGGUAAAACCGAUUUUCGCGAUACGCGUUGCAUCAACUUCACUGCAAUUGAUUUUUCAGCCAUUCAUAUACAGCUCAACAGAUCAGCAAUUGAUAAUGUAAUACCAAACGCUAAAUACUUCACUAUUCUCCGAUCGCCGUACACACAUCUGCGAUCAGCAUUCUACUGGUUCAAAUUUUCUACAAUAGUAAAUAGUACUUUCACACAAUUUGUUAUGCACCUCGAAAAAUACAACAAUUUUACUCAUCGCCUUCAGCAACAUAGAAAUGGACAAAUGUGGUUUUUAGAUCCACGUUUUGAUAUGAACCAACGGGAUAACAACACAUAUAUACUACAGGUUAUCAGCAAACUGGACCAGGAACUUGAUUUGGUCAUGUUAAUGGAAUAUUAUGACGAGUCAAUACUCUUACUUAAAAAGUUGCUUUGUUGGGAAUUCGAUGAUCUUGUAUACCAUGGAGUAAAAAUGCGUAAACCUAAAGACACUGUUCUUCCUGAAAUGGAAUCAUCUAUCAGGAAAUGGAGCAAUGCAGAUUUUCUUCUGUAUGAACACUUCAAUCAUACAUUUUGGGAAAAAGUGAAAAAUUACGAUGGCAAUUUUGAGAAAGAUCUGAACGAAUUCCGUACCAGGCAACAAAAUGUUAGCAACCAAUGUGCAUCAUCGAAUGCAUUGGAAUAUAACAGUUUUUGUUGGCGUCUUGUUGUUGAUACACGUCUCAUCAAAGAUGUUGCCUUGCAACAACAACAAACAAGAAUGCAUGCGAUCAGAAAAGAACGUAAAGAAAAAUGCAGCUCCAUUUAA